CAACCUUCCAUAAACCAUGGCACAUGCUGUCAAUCUACAAAACGAUCCCCUUCCACCUCCUAGAAAACAUCAACAUCUGUACUAGCCCCUUCAGUCACUUGAGGUUAAUGUUAUACAGGAGUAAAGCACAAAAGGACAUUUCUGCCUGCGGUUAAGACGCUGAGAAAGGAUUUUACCAAAGAAAAAAGGUUUUUUAGAAGCAGCCUUUCCGCGCUCUGCUUCAAGGACAGCCAUAAUGCAGGCUCUUCCCAUUCUUAGUACCCUGAUCCUGCUUUUAAAUUUCACACUAUCUGCACCCCCUUCACCAGAACAAAUCACUUAUGAUUACGACACGGAUGAUACGAUCGAGGGACAGCUGUUUAAGAAACACUUUGAAGAUAAUUCAAAAGAAGCGCAAACAAACCAGGAGAAUGGACUUAUAGUGGUACCUCCAGGAAGGUUUAAAAGAGAUGACGAAAAAGCAGCCGCAGAAGCUAAAGAUGGGGAUGUAGAUUUACCAACAUGUCUGCUCUGUGUGUGCCUAAGUGGAUCAGUCUACUGUGAAGAAACUGAAAUCGAGUCAGUGCCUCCUUUGCCUAAAGAGACAGCCUAUUUGUACGCACGGUUCAACAAAAUCAAGAAAAUUACAGAAAAAGACUUUGCUGAUUUCCCUACAUUGAGAAGAAUUGAUCUGACUGGCAAUGAGAUAGACGAAAUUGAAGAAAAAGCAUUUGAUAAACUACUUUUAUUAGAUCAACUUUCCUUGGCUGAAAACAAACUGCGAAAGAUUCCAGCUUUACCUACAAAACUUACUUCAUUCAAUGCAAACUAUAACUUAAUUAAAAGUAAAGGGAUAAAAGCCAACGCUUUCAAGAAACUAACCAACCUGGCAUACCUCUACCUGGCUAACAAUGAGUUGGAGAGCGUGCCACAAAAUCUACCUGAAUCUCUACGGAUUCUCCACCUUCAGCACAACAACAUAACUUCAAUCACGGACGACACUUUUUGUAGAGCUAACGAUACCCGUUAUGUGCGAACCAAAAUGGAUGAGAUUAGAAUGGAUGGAAAUCCUGUGAUACUGGGAAAAUACCCCAACAGUUUCACCUGCCUGAAAGUUUUACCAUCUGGGUCGUAUUUUAAAUAGACCGUCUUUACCCUACUCUUAUCUUUACUGCAAUGCUGACACCAAUCAACUUCAUCACACACAAUUAAAUUAUCAGUCAUUUAUAUAAAUGUCUUUAGUGUUUUGGGUCUUGCAAAGUGUUGCGAUCCAAGCGCUAUGUUACAAGUAAUGCUUUAGCUGCAUAUAGAAAGUUUGCAAGACCCAGCCAUAUUAAAAAUGUUCUUCAUACUUGGUGGAGUAAGUUUUCUUGAUUAUACUACAUCCGUACCCAGGAUACUCCAGCUGGACAGGACUUCAGGCCUAUCUGGACACAGGUCACUAAAUCACUGUGAUAUAGCUGUUGAUUAACAAUAAGUUAUCAAAUGAGCGCUCUCAUAAAAAUACACAUUCCGACUGUGUGUCUUGAAAACAAGGCUGAGCACUAAACAUAAUAAUACCUGUAACAAAAAUACUGUGAUGGUGGUGAAUUUAAACUUUUAUAUUUUAUUGAACUCCCGAAUCCCUAGAAGGAACUGCAGUCUGUAACGCAUUACACUAAUUAGACAAACAACAUAAUGAGUCUCUCUGAAAUGGAAAAACAAAUAUGCGCAAAUAAAGUGCUCAGGGCACCAAAAAAAUUAACCAAAAAAAGGCUAAAUGCAAUAGUAAGCUGGGGCUGUUCAGUUCCGGCAUACUGCUGACCUCCAUGUCUCUUUAAAACAUAAUCUAAUGGCGUUAAAGGUGAUAUAAACUUCUCACAAUAUACACAUCAAAUUAUUGUCCUGAUAUUUUGGCUACUGACAACAGUUAAACUUUCUUUGUUAUUCAAUUGCAUUACUAAUUACCCCAGCUGUAAACUCAGCACCUUUCUCCCAUAUAUUUUUAUGCCCCUUUUGCACCAUCUCUUUCUACUCUCGUUCCUCCUACCCAUAAAGAGAUAGCGACCCACUAUAUUGUUUAGACAUAAACCCAAAAAAGAAUGUGGGUCCCCUUUUUAGGUAAAUUUCUUGAUAUACCACUGUACUGUGAGCUUUGCUAGCAGGUGUGCAAUUGCAUUUUAUAGACAAUGAUGAAGACUUUAAAAUAGCCAAUACAAACCCCCAAUUGCUUGCACAUGUUAAUCAUAUACAAAAAGUAAAACAAAAAGAAACAACAAACUGGAAAAUUCAGCAAUCAACAAUAAUAAUAUAAAUGCAGUUUCAGGGGUCUAACUAGAAACCCCGGAAUUAAUUAAAAGAAUUCUCUCUACUUAAAAAUGACACUUUCAGGCUACUUUUGAGAUUACAAAUUCAUCACUGUUGGAGUUGUCACUGCUGUUUUCAUUAAUAACCCCAAAAAUGUUAAGCUAUUUAAAAGGGAUAUGAAAUGCAGAAAAAAAGGGCAGUGCAGAGUAAGCCAGUGUAUUCGAAGAAAGGAACAAUCUUUUGCAAAAAAUAAAUUAUAAUAACAAAAGUGAUGUACACUGGUAACAAAUACAGAAAAUAACUUCAAGCUUUCAGACCACCGAGGUCCCCUCAUCAGACAUUAAAGUGUUAAAACAUGAUUUUAUGUAAUACAUUCCAUAACAUAUAGAUUUUUUCUGUUCUCAAAGAUGCCCCUGCUUUGACAUCCCUGAGUACAGAUCAAAUGGUCUCUUCGGGAUUUUGUGCUGUGCACGCACAUGUGUAGUUAGUGAAAUGAUCUCUUCCUACUUGUUUAUGGACAGAUGUGCACGACUAUUAUUCCAGUACAGGGAUAAGCACAUGGAAGACAGGCUAUCGCUAUGGAAAUUGGAGAUAAAUAAAAGAUGCCAUUUUAAAAUGCAAGUAUACUGGAUGCUUUCUAUCAAAAACCUGCCUAGCGAACUAACAGUAAUACAUUUAAAAAGCCUACGUACUUAAAGAAGCGAUCAGAACCUUGUAUUCUGUUUAUGGCGGAAAACAAUAUUUACUUUUUUUUUCCUUUCACAAAAUCAUUUCAUCCAAAUUUAACAUAGGUAAAAAUUGUACUACGCUCACCUUGCACUGGACUAACUGAAAAUAUGUAAGGUAACAAUGUCUAUAUCAGGGGUUUCCAACCUUUUGGACCUCGGGGACCACUAAACUCACAAUUUUUUAUCUUGUGGACCACUAACAUGAUUUUUUACACACACACACACACACACACACAUGCUGUACAUAACUAGUAUAACCAUAGGUAAGUUUACAUUAUGUAUAUAUUUACACAUUUUUAAGAAUUAUUUUUUGGAAUUAACUAACUGAAUGACAGAACUGAAAGAAUACUUCCAAAUGACAGAUGAAGGGUGAGUGCCAACUUUUGAGCUGGAAACAGAGAGACAGAAAGUGGGAAAAAAUAAUUAUGUUUAAAAGGAUCACAAGACUUCCAAGUUACCUCCCCAGUUAGGAAUUAUUCAAAACUACUUAUGAUCAUGGAUAGACAUUGUAAUAAAUUAAGUUUAUAUCAGAAAGCUCUCAAUAUGAAUGUGAGAUAACCGCGACUAAUGGUACUUACAAUUACUAUAAUACUAGAGGGAUAUGGCUGAUCUGCUGGAUGGCAAUUACUGGAAUUCAGGUGGAAUGGCUUUGUGCAUGGGAAAAUUAUUGGAAUGAAAAAUAAUUAAUAAUUAAUUUUAAAAAAAAGAAGAUGGAGGGGAGGAAGACAAACAGUGAUGUAAGUCCAUUUGAAGGAAUUAGGAAAACUAAUACAAAGAGAUUUUCUUUUUUUUAUAUACUUUAAUUCCACUAUUUCAAGCCAAGACUAUACCAACCUCUUCUGGCUUUAGAAUGGAAACAUCUUUCUCUGAGCAGCGCCCCGGGCAGGAGGAGUUAAAAUAAAAUCUAGCUAUGCAAGUUGCGCAGUACUAUGCAACGUGCAUAGGAAUAUUGUAAUUUAACUUCUCCUCUGUCGGUUUUCACUGAUGUCCAGCCAGGCACUGUAGGGAGUUGCGGCGCAACGGGGGUGACACCAUCAGAGGAGAUGAAUUCCUGCUUGAUGGUGUCAAGGACCACCAACAUCUUCUCGUGGACCACCAGUGGUCCAUGGACCACUGGUUGGCGACCGCUGCUCUAUAUGACCCUUGAUGCAAUCUUGUAAGAUUGUUUGUACACGUGAAAUCUUUAUUUUUUUUUAUGCAGGCCUUUGGGGGGGAAAGACAAAUUUCUAUAAACUGCUGAAAAUAAAAUAUAUCACCACAAUGCACAGCCUUGUUUUUUCCAUCACAUUUAUAUAGAAGUUACUGUAAAAGGAAGUUUAAACCCUGCUUAUUUUAUGCAACCUUUAUUUUUAUAUGAAUGAACAUUGUUUUGCAUGUUUAUAUGUAUUAUUUUAAAAACAAAGUUAUAUAAGAUGGUAGAUGUUUUGGUUGAACCAAAAGUCUGCAGCAAAACCUAUUCACAGUUUGAAUUUGAUAUAUGUAUGUACACAAUGUUUGAUAAAAUAAAGAUAAUCAUAUGUA